UUUUUAAAGGAAAAGAAAAAAAAAAAACCAUAAAGUAAAACAAGCAAAACCACAGAAAUAAAUUAAAAAGCUUUAUCACAUCAUAAUUCAAUUCCCAUUCUAGUGGCCUUAGAAUCUCUCACAGGAAACAGAAAAAAAGAGAGGAAAAUAAGAGUAGUCUUGUAUAGAGAUUCUGAGUGUCAUGGCUUCCACAUCCUCCUCUGCUCUCACCAUCUCUUCCUCAUCCAGCCUUGUUGACACCAAGGCUCCUCGCCAGUCGGCUGGAGCGUCUCCGCAAUGCGUGACACUCCCGACACUUCCUCCGCCGCCCGUGCAGUCUCAGAAGCGCCAAUGGAAGAGCACCGCUUACUGCCGUAAAAUUGCUCGCAAUGUCAUUGCCAUGGCCACCGGCGAAGCGCCGGCGGAAGUCGCAACAGCGGAGACGCCAGAGAUUGUCAAGGCCGCUCAAGAAGCUUGGGAAAAAGUUGAAGACAAGUAUGCAGUGAGCUCGCUUGCCGUGGCUGGUGUUGUUGCACUUUGGGGCUCCACUGGGCUCAUCUCGGCAAUUGAUAGGCUACCUUUGAUUCCUGGAGUUCUUGAGCUUGUAGGCAUUGGAUACUCUGGGUGGUUUGCAUACAAGAACUUGGUUUUCAAGCCAGAUAGGGAAGCCUUCAUACAGAAAAUAAAAGAAACAUACGAGGAAAUUACUGGGAGCAACUAGAGGAUCCUUCAAGAGAAACGCUGCUGAGAUUGAGUUAAGAAUUUCCGGUUUUUGAAGCAAAUUAGUGUCUCAGAGCAUUGUGCGUAAAUAUGUGAUCACAUCCUUUGUUUUGUGGAUCUUAUCUAGCUUCUGACCAGAGUAAGUCCAUGUAAUUUACUUUUCUCUUCCGAGAUACUUGUAACUAUUUGUCUCUUUAUUUCACUGUAAGCUCCAUGUAAUUGGAAUAAUAACUUUGUUAUGUACUCGGAAGGAAAAGUUCAUCAAGUAAAUUUAGUAAAUAAUAUGCGGAUUACCA